AUGAAUUCGAAUUCUGACGCAUUAUUGGGAAACGGCCUACCUGAAGAAAGUGAGGAUGAAGAAAAAGCUGAAGAUAUUUUAGAGUCAAAUGUUUUUUUAAAUAUUAGCAGCAGUUCAGAAAAAUGGUAUCUCCCUUCAAACCAAACUGUAGAUGAAAUUUUUUCAACAAAUGUCUCUAGUCACAUAGAAGUGACAAAAAAUAAAAAGAAAUUAACACCUGUGGAUAAAGCUAUAUUAAGAUAUGGUGCUUCCAAGUUGAUAGAUCUCUCAUCUAAAAUGAAUGGUUGGUUUACAUUAGAUCAAAUGAAUUUCAUGAUAAAUGAUCACAAAAAAUUAAUAAUUCUUCCGGAUUUACCUGAAGAAAUUAAUAUAUUUAUAUGUAAUAUUGAAAAGGUGGAUAUAUUUUUAAAAGAUUUCUUUCAUGCUAUUAUUAUUAACCUUUAUUGA